AUGAAGCUCAUUGUCUGUAUCAUGGUGACCUCCCUGUAUAUCAAUAGAAAACGCUCGUACAGCAUAUGGCCCAGUAAUCAGGACAAGCCUGGCCUCAAGCGCGUGUCGUCUUCCGACGCCUUGCUCAGGCAUCAACACUCAGUCCCACGAUACGUCGAUCCCAUUGACUUCCCAGCUACGGAGGUGCCAGGAGCCGGACAACGAUGUUGUCGCAAAGCUACACCAACGUCUCAAUCGCUUGCACGCUUCCAAGACCAUAUACACAGCCGGGUCAUGCAGAAGUACCCUUUCCUCAUUGAGAUGUUCUACUGGGCUUUGAACUACGUCGCCUAUGCGUUGACGAAGGAAAUAGCCGCUGCGAUAUACAACAAGAAAGGCCAUGCUGUCACAAAGAUGGCACAACGAAACGGCAUCAACAUCCUCGAGCUCGAGCAUAAUACCUUUCUGUCGUUCAUCUUUCACAUAUUCCUGUCUUGGUACUACUGGGCAGCACCCUCGCACUCAACCUUCGCCAUCGCCCGCCGCACAAUGACUCUUGGCGACUUCUCUGCUUUCAUCAUCUUCUGCUUCUAUUUUUGUAUGCCGCCGCGACUACUGCCCAAACGCUUCGGCUUCAAGGACACUGUACGACAGGAUCAUGCUGAGAGUGUUUGGGUUGGUGGCGCGAAUGUCAAUCAGCUGGCUGCUAUGCCGAGUUUGCACUUCACAUAUGCUUUCGUGAUCGGAUGUACAUUCCUGUACCAUUCUGGACUGAUGCAGAGACUACGGGGACAGAGCUUUCUGGGGAGGAGCGUGGUGGGAAUGCCUGGGUUCCUGCUAGCUGCUAUACUGUACCCGAUGCUUGUGCUGACGGUCAUCGUGGCGACUGCGAACCAUUAUUGGCUGGACGCCGCAGUGGCGACGAUAUCAGUCACUCUGGCUUUCGCUUACAAUAGACUCUGGUGCUUUCUGCUGCCGGCAGAGCGGGUCUUAUGCUGGAUUCUGAGGGUGCAGAAGCCUGUGCCGACCACCGGACAGUGGCGAGAGUGUGAGGCCGAAGAGUAUCAAAGGCGUAAGAUUGCCGUAGCAGAGCUCACGGCUUGA